AUGGCAGCAGCAGUUGACGAUCUAGCAGACGCACCAGCAGCUGCAACACAUAUGGAUAUAGACCUGGACAACAACCUCCAGAGGAAUUACAGCAUCACUCUCCAGUCGGGUCACCAGUUCAUUUACAGGAGCAGACUCAGAACGUACAUCAAGAAGAGAUCGAAAGAAAUGGCUUCAAAGCACAACAAAGCCACAUCUCUAUGCUCUGUUUCUUAUCUGUUUCACUCACUCUCUCUCCUCUGCAUUCUCGCCCUCUCUCUCUUCUUUUUCUCCAAUUAUACAAUCCACCAAUCCAAACCCUUAUCAUCCCCAUCUUUGGUUUCUCAGAGCACUCCCCAAUUUCCCAACAAUUCCAUCAGAGUCUACGUCGCCGACCUACCCAGGUCACUCAACUACGGCCUCUUAGACAAGUACUGGUCUUUUGGUAGCGAUUGGAGGCUCGGAAGCGAAGCCGACAACCAAAUUCGAUCGACCAUUUUCUCGAAAAAGCUACAAUUCCCUCCUUAUCCUGAGAACCCACUGAUCAAGCUGCUCAGUGCGGAGUACUGGAUCACAGGUGAUCUGAUGACCCCGGAAGCAUUGAGAACUGAGUCGUUUGCGAGGCGGGUUUUUGAUGUCGGCAUAGCCGACGUUGUCUUCGUGCCGUUCUUCGCGACUCUGAGUGCCGAAAUGCAGUUGGGUUUAUCCAAGGGGGUGUUCAGGAAGAAGGUGGCCGGGAAUGAGGACUAUGAGAGGCAGAGGGAGGUGGUGGAAAUUGUGAAGGGCACCAAGGCGUGGAAGCGUUCCGGUGGCCGAGAUCACGUGUUUGUUCUUACAGACCCUGUUGCAAUGUGGCAUGUUAGAUCUGAGAUCGCUCCGGCAGUUCUUCUAGUGGUGGAUUUCGGUGGGUGGUACAAGCUUGACUCAAAAUUAUCCAACAAUGUCAACAAUGGUAGCUCAUCAUCAUCAUCAGAUAUGGUGAUCAUACAACAUACCCAAGCUUCGCUACUCAAAGAUGUAAUUGUGCCAUACACACAUCUAUUGCCAAGGUUGCAAAUUUCAGAUAACCAGAGACGCCACACCCUUCUUUACUUUAAAGGAGCUAAACAUAGGCACCGGGGAGGGCUUGUUCGAGAAAAGUUAUGGAGCAUGUUGGUUAGUGAACCUGGAGUUAUAAUGGAAGAAGGUUUCCCUAAUGCCACCGGAAAGGAGCAAUCAAUAAAAGGGAUGAGAUCGUCGGAGUUCUGCUUACACCCAGCUGGGGAUACCCCGACAUCAUGCAGACUUUUUGAUGCCAUCCAAAGUCUUUGUAUACCUGUCAUUGUCAGCGACAACCUUGAGCUCCCAUUUGAAGGGAUGGUGGAUUAUUCGGAAUUUUCUGUUUUUGUUGCAGUUAGUGAUGCAUUGCAACCAAAUUGGCUCGUAGAUCAUCUUAAAGGAUAUUCUGACAAGCAGAAGGAUAGAUUUCGUCGAAAUAUGGCUCGGGUUCAGCACAUUUUCCAAUUUGAUAACGGCCAUCCUGGUGGCAUUGGCCCUGUUCCUCUAGAUGGUGCUGUGAAUCACAUUUGGAAAAAGGUUUACGAAAAAUUGCCCAUGAUCAAAGAAGCUAUCAUACGGGAGAAGAGAAAACCACCAGGUGUGUCUAUUCCACUUCGUUGCCAUUGUACUUGA